CUGGCAGGAAAUAUAAAUAACUACACGUGAACGAUACGAGAUGAAAACAAAAGUGAAACAUAUUUUUGUAAUCGACAUUUGCAGGCACUCAGCUGCGGCUACAACAUUGAUUACGUAAACAUUUUGUUUAUAUUUUUUUACCUUUUCUCGUUGAAGGUGUAGUAGUACAAACGUAGUAGAUAUUGUCGGUACCUUCUUUUAUAUUGAAUUGAAAUAUUCAUAAUAAUUUAUAAUUUAUAAUUCAUAACUAUUAAUUGCAAGUGAUAAUGUGGGGUAAUGACACUAGUGUAGAGAAUGUAUCAGGUGGAUUUUUAAAUGACAAUUAUAAUUCAAAUGAGGAAUACAAAGGAACAGCUAAAAGAAUAAACAGUAUAAUUCCUGUCAUGAUUCAACAUCUAACAUUGGGUGAUAUACAAAAUUGCAUUCUUAGUUUUAUAGGUAUUGUAUAUUUUAUAGAGCAGUCUAAUACAAAAAUAAUAUAUGGAAUUAAAGAUGAAACAGGUGAGAUUACAUGUCUACAAUGGUUGAAACCAGAAAAGACAAUAAUUAAUCUGAAUUCUUAUGUACGGAUAUAUGGGCAUUUAAGAAUACAAAGUGAUAAAAAAUUUAUAAUGAUUUUGAAGAUUUGGUCUUUGACUGACUUGAAUGAACUAACUAAUCACUUAUUAGAAGUAAUUUGUAUGACAUUAAAAACUCAGAAAAUGUCUAAUAAACAGAAUGAUAGUUUGAAUACAAAUAAUGUUCUUAUGAGAGAUGAUACUAGCCUUAGUGGAUUGACUAAAGAACAAACUUUAGUGUUCAAGGUUAUACAAGCAGAAAAUGACAGUGAAAAUGGAAUAGAAAGAAACGCACUUAAGGCUCGUGUGCCAAAGAUUAUUUUAUCAUAUGUAGAUGACAUAAUUGAUUUCCUUACAAGUGAAGGACAUAUUUAUACUACACUUACAGAUGAUCACUUUAAAACAACUUAA